UCCCUCAGCCGCCAUAGUUGUCUUGCUAUUGUAUGAGUGGUUGAGUGGUUCAUUGUUGACUUUAGCCUCAUUCUCAAUCUUCGAACUCAAAACACCGACCUUUUAAUUUUCAACAAAAUCAAACCCACCACCUAACCACCUCUCUCUCUCUCUCUCUCUCUCUCUUGUUAAACUUAACCACCAUGAUUUGAUUGUAAUGGAACUGUUUCUGUGUGUUAAAAGUUAAUUGAUUUUGUAGCAUUUUGGGUUUCGUCUAUUGGCUUUGCAGUGAUGGAUCGUCGAGAUCCGCCAUCAGAUAUUCAGAUUAAGGUUUACUCUAGGCGAGGCGGCAACGUGAUUCAUCCGGUGGAGGCCGACACGCCGCUGGUGUCGUCUCCAGGUCCCGCUCCGGUUGUUUAUCAAGAAAUCAAGCAUUUCAAGAAAUGGGUACCCUGGUUGGUACCUUCAUUUGUGAUCGCCAAUGUUGUGAUGUUUCUGAUCACCAUGUAUGUCAAUAAUUGCCCCAAAAAUUCAGUUUCUUGCAUUGCUGGCUUCUUGGGAAGGUUAUCGUUUCAACCCUUUAAAGAAAACCCUCUUCUUGGGCCUUCAUCAUCCGCAUUAGAGAAGAUGGGGGCUUUAGAUGUGAAUAAAGUGGUUCACGGACACCAGGGGUGGCGCCUUAUCACCUGCAUGUGGUUACAUGGUGGAGUUUUCCAUUUGCUGGCCAAUAUGCUGAGUCUUUUAGUGAUUGGCAUUCGGCUAGAGCGAGAAUUCGGGUUUGUACGGAUUGGGUUGCUAUACCUGAUAUCUGGAUUUGGUGGGAGUUUGUUGUCUGCUCUUUUUAUCCAGUCAAAUAUUUCUGUUGGUGCUUCUGGUGCACUUUUUGGAUUACUUGGAGGCAUGCUUUCUGAACUCAUCACUAAUUGGACCAUUUAUGCCAACAAGGUGGCAGCAUUCUUGACCCUUGUGGUCAUAAUCGUUAUCAACUUAGCAGUGGGGAUUCUCCCACAUGUGGACAACUUUGCUCAUAUAGGAGGAUUUGUUUCUGGUUUUCUUCUUGGGUUUGUGUUUCUGAUCCGCCCUCAGUUUGGAUGGGUUAACCAAAGAUACGCCCCUCCUGGAAAUUCGUCAGCAUCAAGCACACCUAAAUUCAAGAAGUAUCAGCUCGUAUUGUGGAUUACUUCUUUGAUUCUUAUAAUUGUUGGAUAUAUCGUUGGCCUGGUUUUGCUUCUUCGUGGUAUUGAUGCCAAUGAUCACUGUUCUUGGUGCCAUUAUUUGAGUUGUGUUCCUACUUCAAUGUGGAGCUGCAACACAGAGCCAGUUUCCUGUAUGUCUGAACAAAUUGGUGACAAGCUCACAUUAACGUGUUCAAACAACAAUAAAACGCAAACGUAUACAUUGCUCAACGAUUCUCAGAUACAGGGGCUAUGUGUUCAGCUUUGCCGUUGAUUUGUACCUCUUCCACGGAUUGAAGCCAGUACAAGUUGUUUUGAUGUAUAAAUUCACAGUGAAUGAGUUGUUAAAACGUGUCUCUGUUAUAUGCUGUUUUUUACACACUUUUCCUCUGUAAAUUGACAUCAUCUUCGGAUAUAAAGUUCAUUGAUUUGUUAUUGCUGGGAAA